GCCUGGUGCAACUUCACCAUUCGCCAACUUUUGCCCAUUUCGAACAGUCCAAGCUACCAAUAUGGCGGACUCGACCCCGCAAUUGAAGAGGAAGAGGGAAGGCGCAGAUGCGCAGCGGAAAAAGGCGAAGACGCAGAGAAAGAGCGACGGGAAUGCGCCUGCCACCACACCACCGACAGCGCCCAAGGACCAGAAGAAGAACAAGGGCCAGGGCGGGGGGGUAGAGGGCGGAAAGGUGGUAGAUACACCCGUGGGCACUCCCGCUGCCUUGACCAAGGCGCAGCGAAGACAGCAGGCCCGGGAGAAGCUGAACGGCGCAGAGGACGCGGCGGUGGGCGUACAAGAGCAGGCCGAGGACACCAAGGCGCAGACACAGCAGGCAGACAAGUCGGCGAAGAAGGACAAGAAGGCGCAGAGCAACACCGAGUCCAAAGAAGUCGUCACGGUUGAGAUUCCCAAUACAAGCUCUGGCAAGACGAAGAAGCAGAAGACCAAGAAGCCGCCCAAAUGGUCCAUAUCGCCCUCGCACGGAGGAUGGUUCCUGCCCACCGACCCCAUCUUCUCUCCCGACGAGAAGUACCUGAUCCUCGCCAACCUCCGAUCGCUCCAGAUCUACUCGACCGAGACAUCCCUCCUCGCUCGUACUCUGCCUGCCGGCGGCGCGGGCGUGCUUACCGCAUAUGCCCUGUCAACCACCAAGCCCAACCAGGUCUACGUCGCCGACUCCAAUGGCCUUAUCACACUGUGGGACUGGGUCGAUGGCACCAAGAUCGGACGCUGGGAGAUUGGCGCCACGGUGCGAAACAUGGCUGUCAUCACCCAGCCCGACUCUACCGAUGACCUGGUCUAUUGCCACGAGACUGGCAAUAGUCACAUCCUCAACGUGCAUGCUCUCCGCACCAAGGCCCAGGCAUCGCAGACGGAACUCAAGCGCAUCCUCAAGACCAACUCGGCAAUUCUUGGUUUCCAGGUCCUCCUGCAAGGCAAUGUGGUUGUUGUUGCGACCGCCGAGUCUAUCACAGUCGGCAAGCGCUUGAAACUCACCAUGACGGCUGUGCAAGAUUUCGAAUAUGUCUGGCGCGAGUUCAAGCUCUCUAAGCGCAUCACCACCUUCAACGCCUACAUUCGCGAGCCCGAGGUCUCAGACAAAGCGAAGAAACAAGUCCAAGACCGGAGGGAUCUUCUCGACAUCGCGAUUGGAGACGAGACUGGUGUCAUACUCUUGUUUGAGGACAUCCUGGCAAGCUUUGCGGCGAUCGAAAUCAAUCAGAAGAACAACAAGGGCAGAAUAGACAAUGCUGAGAGUCUCAGGCCCAAGCGUCUCCACUGGCACAGAGACGCGGUUGGCUCAAUUAAGUGGUCUCUGGAUGGCAACUACCUCGUCUCUGGAGGCGAUGAGACUGUUCUCACCAUCUGGCAGCUAGCUACUGGGAAGCCGCAGCACCUGCCCCAUCUUACUGCAGCCAUUGAAAACGUCGUUGUGUCUCCCACCGGCUCCUCGUACGCGCUGUCGCUCGCCAACAACUCCGUCAUCGUGCUCUCAACAACUGAACUGGAGGCCAGAACCAACAUCGUAGGCAUACAAUCACGACGUGUAGACCUCGAGCAGCUUCCCAAAGAAUCAAGUUCAAGCAAGGCUUCGUUCAACAUCUUCAAUGAAAUACCCAUGGCUAUCAACCCCAGAAAUCCAAGAGAAGUACUCUUCUCGGUGCCCUCGUCGCAACCACGUCAAAAGAACGAGGGUCUUCGCCCUGAACCAUAUCUUCAGACCUUUGACAUGGCGCACCAGCGUCCACUCUUCCGACAGGCGUUGACACGCAACAACGCCACGGAUCCCAACAUGGGACCCGAAGGCCGUCGAAUCAUCGAGCCCAACGUGAGAAUGCUCCAAGUCAGUCACGAUGGCGAGUGGCUUGCCACCGUGGACGAAUGGGUCCCGCCACGAUCGGACACAGGAUAUCUCAAUGAAGGUAUUCCCGAGUUCAAUGAGGAGGAGCGCUUGCAACGCCGUGAGGUGUAUCUCAAGUUGUGGCAACGCGAUGAACAGCAAGGACAGUGGAAACUGCAAGCCCGAAUUGAUGGACCACAUUUCUUCGAAGACGUCUGCGGUAACGGUAGGGCAUUCGAUGUAGUUGCCGACCCUACUUCUGUCGGAUUCGCAACUGUCGGCGAGGACCACGUUGUACGAAUUUGGAGGCCCAAGACACGGUUGCGGGACGGGACCGUGGUUCGUGGCGUCGAUGAGACAGGACUGGUCACUUGGUCUCUGGACCGCUCGGUUGAGAUUAGCGAUAAGCUUGACAUUGUCGAAGCAAGCGCGGGCUCACAGCUGUCUCUUCCGCUCCGAACCUCUCGACUGGCUUUCUCCGCAGACGGUUCGGUACUUGCUGUCGCUCUCUCUUGGGCGUCUGAGUCGGACCCUGGAGUCAUCCACCUCAUUGACACCAACACUGCGACCAUCCGCCGAUCCAUAACAGAAAUCGAUGUCACCGCACUCUGCAGCGUGGGGAUCGUCGGCCGCCAUCUUGUCGUCGUCGGGGACUCGAUCACCGUCUGGGACAUGGUCCUCGACCAACUCGUCUCCUGCGUACCCAUCAACACCCCCGGCAUCGACCGCUUCGACCGCAUCUCCGUCGUCCGCUUCGCCGUCAACGAAACAAACAACACAUUCGCCGUCUCCCUACCGCAGUUCGAGAAGAACGAAUCCUCCACCUCCCGCCUAAAGCGCGCAUCCUCCAAAAUCAUGGUCUUCGACCCCCAGCACCAAGAAACGCUCUGGUCAACAAAAAUCCCCGGCAUCAUCCUCUCCCUCGCGUCUCAGAAAACAGAGUCCGGAUACAUCGCCCUCGACUCCGCUUCCUCCCUCCGCACUAUCAGCCCCACUGCGAAACCCCUCCAGCUCCUCACCCCCCCGCCAGAGGAAAAAGCAGAGCUGAAACGCACUUCUUACAAUGCGGAUGCGGACAUGCACGUCGACGGAGACCUGGAGACCUCCACAGAGACCCUCACACUCGCCGACGCUAUCGUCGUCCCCGGUUCCGAACAUGACAGGACGGUCGUCAAGUCGGAACAGCUGCAGCAGUUGUUCGAGGAGAGCGGGCCCAGCCACGCGAGUCUGCCUGCGAAGGGGCUGUUUAGGGCGUUGGUUGGGUUGCGCGGUAUGGUGGCGAAAGUAGCUGUGUAGCGUUGUCGCGUGUUGUGUAGUGGAAUAUAUAUCUUCGUUCUGUGUUUAUGUGGCCUUUUGCAGGUGGGUUUUCUGCCUGUUGGAGGUGUGGGGUGAUGUGUGCGUGACUUGGGGGUUUACAGAAGCUGUGAAUGUUGAGAAAAUAUGUACUGUGAAGAGUUGUUGGGAGAUCAUCUAUGUAUCCUGCGAUCUAGCUGUUCUACCUUGAAUAUCGAAUAAGGAGGAGGUUUGAACUGGU